AUGACGCAAACGCAUCCACUUUGCGCUCUUGGUGAUUAUGCAUUUGAUAUUUGCAGAGGGUUGCAGGAAUAUGGGAUACUUUUAUUAUCACUCUUUGUGGCUAUGGUGUCAACUUUUCCAUUUCAUGACAACCUUAAUAAAUACGUAUAUAAGUACGAUCAUCUUCCUAAAGCACAACAAAAGUAUCAAAUUAUGCCUUAUCACAUAAGGCAUAAUAGAAUUAAUAUUGCAGAAGGAAACAUUCAUACAAACGAUAUACAUAAGAUCAAACUAGAUCAGUCAAAAGAUAAUGAACUUUCAGAAUCUCAUAUUGUAUAUUUUGAAAAUGGACCUAAAAAUGAGUAUGAAUUGCCAAACAAUUAUGGUCAUGAAUCGAAUGGUGGAGGAGAUGAACAAAAUAUACACAAUAAUAAAGCACUAGAUCAUCAUGUACACGAGAAGCAUAAAACCAUAACGAUUAUAAAGAAAAUCGCAGUGCCGUACCCCGUAGAAAAAACUAUCCGAUAUCCCGUGAUUAAGAAAAUAUCGUAUCCAGUUAAAGUGCCUGUCCCGCAGCCGUACGCGAUUGAAAAAAAAAUACUUUAUCCCGUAAAGGUCCUCGUUAAAGUUCCCGUUAAAAUUCCGCAACCAGUACCGGUCAUCAAAAAGAUUCCGUAUCCGAUUAAGGUACCAGUAGAUCAUCCCGUCCCAGUUAAGAUAUAUGUACCAAAACCAUAUCCCAUCGAGAAGAAAAUACAUUAUGAAGUAAAGAUUCCGGUACCAGAUCCAUUUCCCAUAGAACGGAAGAUACCAGUACCGGUGAAGAUACCGGUACAUGUACCUCAACCGUAUCCAGUCGAGAAAGUCGUUCAUUAUCCUGUGAAAAUCGCGGUGGAUAAACCGAUACCGGUUCGAGUACCAAAGCCAUAUCCGGUCCCGAUCGUGAAGCCAGUUCCGUAUCCUGUUGAGAAACCGAUUCCUGUACCAGUCAAAGUUCAUGUAGAAAGGCCGAUACCAGUCACGGUGGACAAGCCAGUGUUGGUCAAGGUAAAUGUUCCCGUACCAGCACCAUAUCCGGUCGAAAAAGAAGUACCAUAUUUUGUAGACAAAUUCGUACCAGUACCGGUGAAGAUACCAGUGCACAGGCCUAUACCGAUUGACGUAAACAAAGUGGUUCAUCACAUCGAAAGACCUAUUCCUUAUCCGGUUAAUAUACCAGUCGAGGUGCCAAUAAAUGAACAGGUAGAGCACAGAAAUUAUACAUGA